GAGCAUGAAUCAUUCGACGUCGAGCGAAUACGACAGCCUGAUUCGUCCGAUUGAGACGGUUUCUCGGAUAAUAGCGAUAUGGCCGGGGAAUCAGGAGCGCAGUAAAUUCAAAGAGCUUUUGUCGGUGUUUCAUAGAGUCGGAAUGAUCUGCGUGACCGUUAUCAUGACGACGGCCGUUAGUUUCGACGUGACGAGACACUGGAGCGACAUGAACGAAGCGACCGAAUGUGCACUAAUAGCAUCUGCAUUUGCUUUGAGCAUCGUACGCAUGCUUAAUUACACGAUCCACUCGGACGAGAUGCGUUACGUCGUGGAAACAAUGCGAAAAGAUUGGCUCGAAUCUUCUCCCGAGGACAAAGCUGUCCUGGCUCAGAGAUGUCGAUGGACUUUCAGGCUCGCCAAACACUUCAUCGUUUCGGUGGGACUGGCACUCGGGCUUUUCAUGCUGGCUCCGAUGAUAGACAUUCUUGUUUUCCAUUCUGAAGAAAGAAUUCUACCAUUCCGCGGCUAUUUUAUGAGGAAUCAGACCUCAUCGCCGCUGUACGAACGCCUGUACGUCGUCAACGUCAUCCUUGGUGGAUUGUGCGGUACGACGAUCGCCGGGGCAACGAGUUUCAAUCUCGUUUCGACGAUGCACGGUGCUGCCCGAUUUUCAGUACUGCAGAAACGCUUGGAGGCCCUUAAGAGCAACGAUUCUGACUGCGGAGCAGCGAUGAUCGAUUGCGUUAAGCGCCAUCAAGACGCUAUUAAAUUCGCCGACACUCUUGAGAGAAUCAUCAACGUUUUAGCUCUCGGACAAUUCGUUAUCAGUACUGCAUUAGUCUGUUGUGCAGGCUUCCAACUAGCGUCGAUGAUCGAAGAUAAAUCUCGUCUCAUGAAGUACUUUUCCUUUCUCAACUCCGCUAUAUUCGAGUUGUUUCUCUUCAGCUACAGCGGCAAUCAAUUGAUCGAUGAGAGCGAGGCGAUCAUCGACUCCGCUUACGCCUCUGAAUGGAUCGGCGGUCCUUUUUGCCUCAACCUUCGGAUAUUGAUGCUCAGAGCAACGCGGCCAUCAAAAAUAACUGCAGCCAAGUUCUACGAUAUGUCCCUCAAAAGUUUCUCCUCGGUACUCAGUACUUCGUUCUCGUACUUUACGGUACUGCAAACGAUGAAUGAAGAGUAAUAAAUAUUCUGAGACGCCAAAACUGUACUUCGGAUGUCCGGAGGGUGUGCCGAAGAGUUCAAGCAGAAUUUUGGAUCGCCUCUUUGAGCCUACUACGAGAAGCAUAGGAUUCGCUGCAAGUACCAUGCGAAUUUGCACUUUGUUUUUGUCCACUCUCGAACUGAGGCUUCGAAUCUUUUUCCUUAUCGCCUUAAGGCAGGUUUUUAGUACCCCAAAAAAAUACGUCGUUGAACUUUGUUAUCUUAGACUUGGC